UGUGUUGGUCCUACUGCCAAUAUUGGAGGCGUGAUUGGCAAGGGUGGUGCCAUAAUCAAUCAGAUUAGACAGGAAUCUGGGGCUGUCAUUAAAGUUGACAGUUCAACUUCUGAAGGAGAUGAUUGCUUAAUAACUAUUUCAGCAAAGGAGUUUUUUGAAGACACAUUUUCUCCAACUAUAGAAGCAGCUGUGCGUUUGCCAACCAGGUGUAGUGAGAAAGUUGAAAGAGAUUCAGGAAUUAUCUCAUUUACAACCCGUCUGCUUGUGCCGACUUCACGAAUUGGCUGUCUUAUUGGUAAGGGAGUAGCUAUUGUAACUGAAAUGAGGAGACUCACCAAAGCUAAUAUUCGAAUACUCUCAAAGGAAAACCUUCCCAAAGUUGCAUCCGAUGAUGAUGAGAUGGUGCAGAUUUCCGGAGACCUUGAUGUUGCCAAGGAUGCUCUUAUACAAGUAGUUACACGGUUAAGAGCAAAUCUUUUUGAUAGGGAGGGUGCAGUGUCUGCAUUUCUGCCAGUUCUUCCAUAUUAAUCUCUGG